CUGUUUUUUUGUUUUAGCCUUGUUUUAGUCAAAAUACAAUAAAAGCAAGAAUUAAGAAUACGCCCGUUAACUAGAAAAUAUUUGCAUCAAUGGCCCAAAAUUACGUGCGCGAAACAAAAGGAUUUAGUUAGCCAGACACUACCCAAAUCAAAUCAAAUGGAAUAUUGGAACUCGACUUCUAAGCAGCUGCAUUUCGAAGUGUUUGGCAAAUGCGGCUUUGAGGACGGGACUCUAGUUGAAAUCUCGGGGCCAAGCAAUAGCGGUAAGAGUCUUGUGAUGCAGAAGCUAAUAGCGCACUGCCUGGCUCCCUACAAGUACGGUGGGAGGCAAUGGAGCGUCGCAUUAAUCAGUCUCAGCCACAAAGUUAAUACGGAGUCAUUGGAAGAAGCCGUCAGAGCAGAGUUGCGGGAUUGGACUGGAUCUGGAUUGGAGGAUGUACCCACUGAAGCCGAGCAGGCGGAGAUAUCGAAGGAAUGUGCCCGUAAAGUUAAGUUCAUUAAUUGCUUCUCAACCGAAGACGUGAUAAACAGCCUCAGACAAGCUAAGUGGUCCUAUGUGGCAGGCCAGAAUAUCGAACUGAUUGCCUUGGAUACUCUGAGUGAGUUCUACUGGCUGGACUUUCGCACUAAGAAAGAAAAACUCAGCAAAUACAGGUAUUACAAGCAGUGGCAGACAAGACUAGGACAGGCCUGCAAGGAUGCUUUUGUUUGCGGCAUGUACACGGUGGACAGCAGUUUUCUGGAGAACAGAUAUGGAGAUUCGGGACUGACUAUGAAAAUUAACUAUUCUGUGAAAUUAACAAAAAAUCGCGGGAAGCAUACACUGAAUGGCAAGCCAAUUUCGUUUAAAGACAAUGUGUGAAGAAGUCAUGUGAUAGAUAUUAAAAAAUAAAUAUUUUAAUUAUAUUAAA